CACAUCCGUACAACAAUGUUCGCCGUGUGCAAGAGUGCGGCCGGGGCAACCCUGGUCGCCAACCUGCAAAGGUAUGGCGCACGCGCAAUGGCCUCUUCGGUUGUACCGAGCGCCAAGCUGCCCGAGUUCCCGCUGGAAAACGAACCCGUGCUAGGCUACGCCAAGGGCUCUAAAGAACGGAAAGAGCUAGAAGCGGCCCUAAAGAAAGCGUCCGCCAAGAUGGAGGACGUUCCCAUCAUCAUCGGUUCGGAAGAGAUCCGCUCGAAGGAGGUCCGCCAUCAGGUGAUGCCGCACAACCAUAAACACAAGCUGGCCCAGUUCUACUACGCCGACCAAAAACUGGUACAGAAGGCCAUCAAGACAGCCACCGAAACGCAGGUCAAAUGGGACCGCACUCCACUCGACGAGCGCAUCCGGAUCUGGCAGAAGGCGGCCGAUCUAAUGGCCGGUCCAUACCGGCAGGAGCUAAACGCUGCCACCAUGCUCGGGCAGGCAAAGACGGUCAUUCAGGCCGAGAUCGAUUCCGCCGCCGAGCUGAUCGAUUUCAUACGCAUGAACACGUACUAUCUGAAAGAGGCGACCAAAUACCAGCCGAUCAGCGAAAAUCCAAAGGUGACGAAAAACUCGAUGCGAUUCCGUGGCAUCGACGGGUUCAUCGCCGCCGUUAGUCCGUUCAAUUUCACUGCCAUCGGUGGAAACCUGGCGUACACACCGGCCCUCAUGGGUAACGGUGUGCUGUGGAAACCCUCCGACACUGCCCUACUCUCGAACUACGUGAUCUUCAAGAUUAUGCGCGAAGCCGGCGUACCACCCGGUGUGGUAAACUUCGUGCCCGCAGAUGGUCCCGUCUUUGGUGACACGAUCACGGCUUCACCGCAUCUGGCCGGUAUCAAUUUUACCGGUUCCGUUCCGACUUUUAAUCGGCUGUGGCGCCAGGUGGGAGAGAACAUCAACAACUACAACAACUUCCCGCGGCUCAUCGGGGAGUGCGGUGGCAAGAACUAUCACUUCGUGCACCCGUCCGCCAACGUCGAGUCCGUGGUGAAUGGCACCAUCCGGUCCGCGUUUGAGUUCUGCGGCCAGAAGUGUUCCGCUUGCUCGCGCAUGUACGUCCCGGAGUCGCUCUGGCCGAAGGUGAAGGAUGGUUUGCUGAUGAUCCGCGACACGCUCAAGGUGGGCGAUGUGACCGAUUUUACCAACUUUACGUCGGCCGUCAUCGACGAUAAGGCGUUUGCGCGCAUUAAAUCGUACAUCGAUCACGCGCGCAAUUCCAAGGACCUGACCAUCCUCGGUGGUGGCAAAUGUGACGACAGCAAGGGAUACUUUAUCGAACCGACGAUCGUGCAAGCGACCGAUCCGAAGGAUCGCAUCAUGACGGAGGAAAUUUUUGGCCCAGUUCUGACGAUUCACGUGUAUAAGGACAAGGAUCUGGACGGUGCGAUGAAGCUCGUCGGUGGCUCAACCCGGUUCGCACUGACCGGUGCUGUCUUCGCGCAGGAUGAAGCGUUCCUCAAGCGAGCCCUGGAAGAGUUCAAGCUGACGGCGGGCAACUUCUACCUGAACGACAAAUCGACUGGAUCCGUCGUGGGCCAGCAGCCGUUCGGAGGUGGGCGCAUGUCUGGUACCAACGACAAGGCUGGCGGUCCGCACUACGUCCUGCGGUGGGCUACUCCGCAGUCCAUCAAGGAAACAUUUGUCCCGCUGAAGGACAUCGACUAUCCGUACAUGCGCGAAUAAGCGGUGUCCGGGUUUUGCCGGGAUGCCGAAGCCGUUCAUUUGCCGAGUUGAAAGACGAGCCCUUUCACCCACUCUGGGUGAGGGAGAAGGAGGGGGAGAGAAGAAGAGAAGAUGAAGAAGAAAAAAGAAAGAGUACGAUAAACGGGAGGUUAAUUUUGAAGCUUCUUUUCCCUUUCGAGUCCCUCGCGCGCUAUAGUGCUUUUACACUCAAGCACUAGAAGCGGUUUGUGGUUUUUUGAGUUUAUCAUCGAACACGUGCCCACCCUCGAUAUGGCCGGCCGAUGAAAUUCAUUUCAUUUUCCGCCCCGUUGCCUUUUGCUUUUAGUCGCUUGAGCUGAAUUUAGUUGAUUGGUUGGCGAGAAACCGUGGCAGGCAACGGAUCCGUGGUUUUUUUUGUUUUUCUUUUCCGUUCAGUCAGUACCACUAAGUAGCUUUCGGGGGAGGAAAGGACCUUAGAUUUCCCGCUUAGCGUCAACAUUGGGCUUUCAGAAGCCAGAAAGCAGUGAGCGACAACGCGAAACUCUCUCCCCCGCCCGUGUAGCGAUUACUAUUUGACAAUACAAUAGCAAUGCGACCGCCAUUCUGCCGUGGUCCGUAAGGAUGCGUUCCCCAGCCGGACGUCCGGCCGAAUCGCGAGACACUUGUUCGCGGCUAAACUUUUUUAAAAUAUAUACACCCACGGGACGGCAUAAGCGAC